AGGAAGACCAAAUUAAAAAUUGGAAUGGAAAAAAAAAGGUAAACGAAGCACAACACUGUUCGUCAUCUUAACCUUUGCCUGUGGCUAUGUUUCCUUUAUUUUUUUCUUCACCAGAUUUCUCAUUUGACCCUUACAAACUAGCCUUUUGCUAACAGUAGAAUAACCAAACCAUGGCUUCUGCAACUGCAUUCGCCAUUGGAGGUUCAUUUCUGUCAGCCUUCCUUCAGGUUUUGUUCGACAGAAUGGCUUCUCGCGAGGUUUUAGGCUUCUUCAGAGAGCGAAAACUCAAUGAUAGGUUGUUAAAGAAGUUGAAGGUACUUAUGAUUUCUGUUAACGGGGUACUUGAUGAUGCGGAGGAGAAGCAAAUAGCCAAGCCAGCUGUUGAGAUGUGGGUCAACGAGCUCAAAGAUGCUGUAUAUGAAGCUGAUGAUUUGUUAGAUGAGAUUGCUUAUGAAGCUCUGCGAUCGGAGGUGGAAGUUGGCUCUCAAUCUAGUGCAGAUCAGGUGAGAGGCUUUUUAUCUGCUCGUUUUUCAUUUCAGAAAGUAAAGGAAGAGAUGGAGACAAAGUUAGGAGAGAUCGUUGACAUGCUUGAGUACUUGGUACAACAAAAGGAUGCCCUUGGUCUGAGAGAGGGUACUGUUGAGAAAGCAUCAUCACAGAGAAUACCAACAACUUCUCUUGUGGAUGAAUCCGGGGUAUAUGGUAGGGAUGGAGAUAAGGAAGCCAUAAUGAAACUGGUACUAUCUGCAACUGAAAAUGGCAAACGGCUAGAUGUGAUUCCCAUAGUAGGUAUGGCUGGGGUUGGUAAGACCACUCUUGCUCAGCUUGUUUACAAUGAUAGCAGAGUAGGAGAGCAGUUUGAUAUGAAGGUAUGGAUCUGUGUUUCGGAAGAAUUCGAUGUUCUCAAGGUGAUCAAAGAUAUUCUUAAGAAGGCUGGUUCCAUGAAUUGUGAUACAAUGACUGGAGAUCAACUUCACUGCGAGUUAGAGAAGGAAUCAACAGGGAAAAAAAUUAUGCUUGUUUUAGAUGAUGUUUGGAGCAAUGAUUGGGGAAAAUGGGAUUUUCUGUUGACACCUUUCAAGUCUCUGUUACAUGGAAGUAAGAUCCUUGUUACAACACGAAUUGAAAGCGUAGCAUCGGUCAAGGCCACUGUUGCAGCCCAUCGCCUACAGGAAUUGACUGCGGAUGAUUGCUGGUUGGUGUUUGCAAAACAUGCAUUUGAUGAUGGAAGUUGCAGUGCACGUCCAGACUUGGAAGAAAUAGGUAAAGAAGUGGUAAGAAAGUGCAAAGGGUUACCUUUAGCUGCAAAAGCCCUGGGAGGUCUCCUACGCUUUAAAAGAGAUGCUAAGGAAUGGGAGAAGAUCUUGAAGAGCAACAUGUGGGAUUUGCCGAAUGAUGGUAUUCUUCCUGUUCUCAGAUUGAGUUAUCACUAUCUUCCACCACAGCUGAAGCAAUGCUUUGCUUACUGUGCAAUAUUUCCAGAGAAUCAUGAAUUUAACAAGGAUGAAUUAAUCCGUUUAUGGAUGUCAGAGGGCUUUCUAGUUCCACCUAAAAGAAAUAAGGAGAUGGAAGAAGUAGGAAAUGAGUUCUUUCAUGAUCUUGUUUCAAGGUCAUUUUUCCAGCAAUCUAGUGGAAAAUCAAGGUCAGUUUUUCAAGGAUCAAGCGGGGAUCCAUUAUUUGUAAUGCAUGACCUCAUAAAUGACUUGGCUAGAUAUGUAGCUAGAGAAUUUUGCUUCAGGUUGGAAGGCGAAGAUUCAAACAAGAUCACAGAAAGGACUCGUCAUUUGUCUUAUGCAGUAACAAGACACGAUUCUUGUAAAAAAUUUGAGGGUAUUUAUGAUGCCAAGCUUUUGCGCACUUUCUUACCAUUGUCAGAAGCGUGGCUACGCAACCAAAUCAAUAUCUUACCGGUGUCAAGACCACGCAACCAAAUCGAUAAUAAGGUAACACAUGAUUUAUUGCCAAGGCUUACACGCUUACGAGUGCUAUCCUUGGUUAACUAUUCCAACGUGGUUGAGUUACCUGAUCCAAUGGGCAAGUUAAAACAUUUACGAUACCUUAAUCUCUCCGCUACAUCAAUAAAAAGGUUGCCUGAAGUUGUGAGUACUGCAUACCAUUUGCAGACAUUAAUCCUGGAAAAUUGUAAAGAGCUUGUUGAGCUGCCUGAUUCAGUUGGCCGCUUGAAGCAUUUGCUAUAUGCCAGUCUUAAAGGUGCAAAAAUCAAAAGGUUACCUGAAUCCAUGUGUACAUUGUAUAAUCUGCAAACAUUAGUCUUGGAAGAUUGCAGAAACCUUGUCAGACUGCCUCAUUCAAUUGGCAAUUUGAAGCAAUUGCGAUAUGUGACUCUUAAAGGCACAACGAUCAAAAUGUUACCAGCAUCCAUGGGAGGCUUGUGUAAUUUGCAGACUUUAAUCUUGCGGUCAUGCAAAGAUCUGAUUGAGCUACCAGAUGAUUUGGGAAGGCUAAUCAACUUGAGUCAUCUUGAUAUCGAAGGAACAAAAUUGUCGAAGAUGCCGCCGCAUAUGGGUAAACUAACAAAGCUCCAAAACCUAAGUGAUUUCUUUCUAGGAAAAGAUACUGGUUCUAGCCUUCAAGAGUUGGGGAAGCUUCAACAUUUACAGGGAGGACUAAAUAUUUGGAACCUGCAAAAUGUUGGGAGUGCUCCAGAUGCUCUACAUGACAAUGUGAAGGGUAUGAAGCAUCUCAAGACUUUGAAUUUGAUGUGGGAUGGUGAUCCUAAUGACUCUGGACAUGUAAGGCAUGUACUGGACAAAUUAGAGCCUGAUGUAAAUAUGGAGUAUCUUUAUAUCUAUGGUUUUGGGGGUACAAGGUUUUCAGAUUGGGUAGGAGACUCUUCUUUCUCAAGAAUAGUAUCCAUGGAGCUCAGCCGAUGUAAAUACUGCACGUCCUUACCACCACUUGGGCAGUUAGGGUCUUUGAAAGAACUCCUGGUAAGAGGGUUUGAGGGACUUGCGGUUGUGGGUCGUGAGUUCUACGGAAGUUGCAUGUCCGUGAGGAAGCCAUUUGGAUCCCUUGAAAGUUUAACUCUUUCAAUGAUGCCUGAAUGGCGUGAAUGGAUUUCAGAUCAAGGCAUGCAAGCUUUCCCUUGUCUUCAAAAGCUUUGCAUAAGCGGCUGCCCCAACCUAAGAAAGGUGCUGUCCAAUCACCUCCUUCCAUCUUUAACAACACUUGAGAUCGAGGGAUGCAAGCAGCUUGUAACUUCAAUUCCAAGAUGUCCAAUCAUUGAUGAAUUAAAAUUAGAUGAUGAUUCUCGUCAUCUGCUGCUAGGCAGAUUGCCUUCUGGGAUGCACAGCCUGAAAGUUUAUCGAUUCUAUUCCAUGGAUUCCAUACCAAAAGAAAUGGAGCAAAUUGGUUCCUUUCUCACCACUUUAGAAGAAAUUGAAAUGGAAAAUUGUGAUUCACUCAAGUGCUUCCAGCUGGAGCUGUUCCCUAGGUUGAAGACUCUCAGGAUCUCUACAUGUUCAAAUUUGGAAUCUCAUUGUGAACAUGAAGGACCUCUAGAGGAUCUCACCUCUCUUCAUUCCUUGAAAAUAUGGGAAUGCCCUAAAUUAGUAUCUUUUCCGAAAGGAGGAUUACCUGCCUCAUGUUUGACAGAGCUUCAGUUGUUUGAUUGCGCAAAUUUGAAGUCCAUGCCUGAGCAUAUGAAUUCCCUCCUCCCAUCCCUUGAAGAUUUGAGAUUAUUCCUCCUUCCAAAACUCGAGUUCUUUCCAGAAGGGGGUCUGCCCUCUAAAUUAAAAUCACUUUAUAUUGAAAAUUGCAGCAAACUCAUUGCAGCCAGAAUGCAAUGGAGUUUGCAAUCGCUCCCUUCUCUUUCAAAAUUCACUGUUGGUGUUGACGAAAGUGUGGAAUCCUUCCCAGAGGAGAUGCUGCUGCCCUCAACUCUUGCCUCUCUUGAAAUAUUGAGUCUUAAAACUCUGAAAUCCCUGAACUGCUCGGGGCUUCAACACCUCACUUCUCUUGGACAAUUGACCAUUACAGACUGCCCUAAUCUACAGUCCAUGCCAGGAGAAGGCCUCCCCUCCUCCCUUUCUUCUCUUGAAAUCUGGCGGUGUCCUUUGCUGGAUCAAAGAUGUCAACAGGGAAUAGGGGUAGAUUGGCUCAAGAUUACUCACAUCCCCAACGUGCAUAUUAAUGGAUACAAGAUCCAUCAACCUUAGCAUUUCAUUUUAAUCAUGAACGGCCAGUUGGGGAGACAGAGUGUUUUCAGCAUUUAUGCCAUUGAAACUUAUCAGCAUAGUCUUAUAUCCCAUAUAGCAGGAGAACUGGAAUUCUGGGUGCCCCAGCAUUCUCUAGCAAGCCGUUUUGCUCAGCUCUUACGAGAGAAAAGCUUCAUGUGUAGACUUACUUCUUGCAGAACGUAUUAGAACUAGAUGCUUGUCUGAAUCUCGUGCUUCAGGCCAUUGAUGAGAAGAUCUUCGGUGUGCGUUCCUUAUGUAAGGUUCAAAAAAGUUCUAUGUUUACUGAAUAUACAUGUACAAGCAGAACUUGUUUUGGUCCCAGAGGUAUUGAAGAGGCCAAUGGAUUAUGUAAAUUCAAUUUUAUUCCGUGUCUCAUGAUGAUGUUCAAGAUGGUUCAGGGAUCAAGACUGUGGAAGCCAUGAGAUCAAAAUAUGGUUUAUCUGGAGAAAACUCAAAUUGGACAGAAGAUUAAGCAUUGACCUCUGAAAACAGAAGCUUGCAAUAUGACUUGUGAGCCUUCAUGGUCCCAACGAAGAAUCAGCCAGUCCCAUAACUGUACACACUCAAAUAUAUAUUAUAUCCAAAAUAUAAAUAAGAUAUGAAUAUAUAAAUUUCUACUCA